UCGGGGGACUAGGAGCUAGAGACACAGCGAGUGAAAGUGUGUAUGUGAAGGGAUAUAUAGCGAGUGCGGGGGUGUAGAGUGAAGGAAACAUGUGUGUAAGCGUGAGUGGCGGCGCCUGCGUCAACUCAGUGCUGUGAGGGAGGUUAUAGUGUGAGGAGGGUCGAGUGUCCUGCUGCUGCUUCAGGGAGGACGGUGCGACCCGGUGUGAUGAGCCCCACCUGAAGACGCCCCUGACAAUAAAGACAUCGCCCCCUCCAUCACUCAGACCGCCAAUGGUGUAGCGUGGUUGAAGAGGAGGACCAUGCCGAGGCUAAGAUAACUACAACAUCCAUCACGCGGGAGGCACGAUGGUGGUGAGUCGGUUGAGCUCGGCCUUCUCGGAGACUCUGCACCUCACCAAACAUGUAGCCCAUGUGUCUCUCUUCAUCACAGUGGUGCUGCUUUUUGAAGUGGGAGCAGGGGGCUUGUGGGGAGACCCUCCCACUUCUGUAUCAUAUCCUCCUCUAGUCACCCUUCUCUUCCAGCUCCUCAGACUACUCCCUUUAUUGGCGUUGCCUCAGGCCGUUUUUAACCUCUUGGGUCUUAUAUGCUUUAAUGCCUUUCCUGAACGUGCCAAGCUGAAAGGCUCACCUCUUCUGGCACCUUUUCUCUGCCUCAGAGUGGUAACGCGAGGCGACUAUCCUGACCUUGUUAGGCAGAAUGUCAACCGCAAUCUUACAACGUGCCUGAGGGUUGGCUUGGAGAAGUUCAUGAUUGAGGUUGUCACAGACAAGAAGAUUGAUUUACCUGAAAAUCAGAGAGUUAGACAGGUGGUAGUCCCCUCCAGUUACCGUCCAAAGAGUGGGGCAUUGUUCAAAGCCCGAGCUCUACAAUAUUGCCUAGAGGAAGAUGUCAAUAUUUUGCUUGACACCGACUGGAUUGUCCAUCUUGAUGAGGAAACGUUGGUGACUGAUUCUGCCAUCCGGGGAAUUCUCAAUUUUGUAAUUGAGGGCAGACAUCAGUUUGGUCAGGGGUUGAUUACAUAUGCAAAUGAAAACAUACAAAAUUGGUUCACCACUCUGGCCGACAGCUUUAGAGUGUCGGAUGAUAUGGGGAAACUCAGGUUCCAGUUCAAGGUGUUUCACAAACCGCUCUUUGGUUGGAAAGGAUCCUACGUUGUCACACAGACUGGUGCUGAGCGACGUGUAACUUUUGACCACGGGCCUGAUGGAAGUGUAGCCGAAGAUAACUAUUUUGGCAUGGUAGCCCUUAGGGAAGGCUACUCGUUUGAUUUUAUUGAAGGAGAAAUGUGGGAAAAGUCCCCAUUUACUAUAUAUGACUUUUUGCAACAACGGAAGAGAUGGCUGCAAGGCAUUCUCCUAGUGGUCCACAGUCCACACAUACCGGUGAGCACAAAAUGGCUUCUGGCAAUCUCUCUCUACUCUUGGGUCACGAUGCCGUUGGCUCUGGCAUCUGUAAUACUUAGCACCAUAUUUCCAGUUCCUGUUCCUGGUGUUCUUAAUGUAAUUGCGGCAUUUGUUGGCGGUGUAAAUUUUUACAUGUACAUAUUUGGGGUGAUAAAGUCAUUCCGAGUCGACAGAGUUGGAUGGUUACGGAUGGCUAUGUGCAUGGCUGGUGCGCUCAUAACAAUGCCAUUUAAUUUCUUGGUUGAAAAUAUUGCUGUGAUUCGUGGAUUAGUUGGAAACAAGCACAAAUUUUACAUUGUCAACAAGUUGACAGGGGCUCCUGAUAAAGUUGUUAAUACAGUUUAAAUCCAGUGGGCUUUGUCUGCCUAGUCAUGUCAGCUUCCCGCCCUUUCCCUUCCCUUGCUGCGAUUGACCACUACCUAGUGCCACGACACCAGGCCUUCUGACACUGUAAAGUAAUGGUGUGUGUGUGUGUUGGCAGCAGCAGGUGCUCUUGACGGGGAAAGCAGUGAUACAAGAUAAUUAAAAUAAAAAGUAAUUCAGCAUGCAAUGAAGUACACACACCGUUUUGAUUAAAGCUUGGUGCAUACGCUUCUUGUAGAUGUACAGUAUAUACCAAAUGCAUCUUGUUGCAUUAGUGUUGUGUGGGUUUCUUUAUAUGGACAUAAACAAAUACUUGUGCAGUAUUCUCAAAAUGUUUGCUUAAAAUUUGGGAUAAUGAUAUGCCAAAUAAUAUAUAUUUGGUUUAAGAGCCUUUCGUGCACAUGUGACUUUUUGCUGAUGGGAUGUGGGGAAGUGCUGAUAUUUAAAAUGAGUGAGUGCAAAAACAUUGACAGGUUUGAAUCUAAUCAUAAAUGUGGUAAAGAUAUGAUUACUAGUGCUCUAUUUGAGGUGCUGCCAGUUAGUAUUUGAAAUAUGCUCAGGGAUGUGAUCUUUGUAAAGUCCUGUAGCAAUUUUGCAAGUGUGUGGACAUGACGAGGUGCGAGUAGUAUGUAGCAGUGGUAAACAACGAAAGCUUAUAAUCAGGCACAAAUCAAAAUAGAGUUGCUGAAGCAGAGUCGUCGUUGACCUUAUGAUUCUCAUAUACAGUAUGUAGAUAUAUAUACAUAAUUUAAUAUAUAUAUAUAUAUAUACACAUACAUAUACACACACAUACUACUAAAGCAUAGACUGGUUAUUCAAUGCAAAUAAUAAUUGCCAAAUAAGGUGUGUGUUUGCACACGUUAGACCCCGUGCAGUGUCGGCAUGUGAUGGUGGAGCGCGCAUGCUUUACCUAUCCCCACCGUUGUGAUACCAUUCACUGCCAAUGGAAAAAUCUAAUAACCAGCUGAUAUAUAGGGCAGCAAUAUUUCCCAGUGCCAGGGCAUUGUCUUCUGUCUUUCUCAACUUGCAAUUUGUUCACAUAGCAGAUAGUUGAAAGCCAAUGUCAAUGAUAUAAUUUAUUAUAUUUAGUGUUGUCUAUAUUUUUUGUUACGUGUUAAUAUGUUGUAGUUUCACCUAGAUUUCUCAUUUCAUUGUGUUUAAUGUUCAUAGAGCAAAUGUUUUUGUACGAAUGAUAUUGAGAGACGAGUGUUACGUUAAUGUCUGUUGUUAAUGGAUCAUGAGUGGUUGGAAGAAAUGCUAGUAAUGUUAUACUGUACAUCAGUGAAGAUAACUACUAUGUCGCAUAAAAUAUAUUUGUAAACAAGGCGAGAACAUUUUUGAAAUAUCCAUUGUGUGAUACCAUAAGCAGUGUUUGCUAGAGCACGAUACCAUGAAAGUUGAACUUAUGACUUUGUGUGUGUGUGUGUGUGGGUUUGAGUGGGGGAGUGGUAUUAGUACUGGAUAUAUAAAAAUACAGUGUGUGUGUGUAAUAAAUAUAUAAAUAUAUAAAUAUAUAUAUAUAUAUAUAUAUAUAUAUAUAUAUAUAUAUAUAUAUAUAUAUAUAUAUAUAUAUAUAUAUAUAUAUAUAUAUAUAUAUAUAUAUAUAAAUUAUACACAUACAUACAGUAUAUAUAGAUAGACAGACAUAGAUAAUAUAAAAAUAUAAAAAUUACAGAAAGCUAUAGACUUUCUGGACACCUAUCUGGCUGUGGCUGUUGUUAGUUUUGAGUAUUUAUAAAAAAAAAUUGGAAUAAACUGAUGAGACAAAGCAAGUGGUCUGAAUAAAAAUGUGUGAUAAAGUGGAGUGUGGGAGUGGUAAAGGUACUUCAACAUAUGAGAGUACCUUAUCAGGCUUGAAAGAACAUCUGGUAAAUAGUAUGUCAUUCUAGAUAGAAUGUCAGUCUAGAUAAACUGGAAGUGUAAGCAGUUUAUUGGGAGAGAGACUACCCAAACUCGCCUCAUACAAGUGUUAACAUGUGCUGUAACAUCAUAUAAGCCUGAUAUUUUAUCAAAACCCAUGUUAUUAUCUUUUAAAUACAGUAUUUGAAUGAAUAAGUAACCCACCAAAUACUGAAUAAAUGUAUUCUGUUGUUUGCAUAUUAUAACAGGAUUAAGGAACUGAACCACCUCUGACCCUCACUAUCCAUAAUAAACCUUCCCCAGUUAGGGUUAAUGUGAGUGUGAAUCUUAUGUACCAGUUUUGUCCACCUGUAGUUCACAGAGUACGUGUAAGAGCCGCGAAAAUCCUAACGACAUCUGUAGUUCACGGAGUACGUGUAAGACCCGCGAAAAUCCUAACGACACCAUUUCCUCACAUUCUUUACUUGAUUAUGCCCACACACUGACAGCCAUACAUGGCGACACGAAUAUAUAGGCACUCACACACUGAUAUCUACACUCCCAUGACGGUACUGACACUUGCAUGCUAAUACCCACACCUGCAUGGUAAUACAUUACCCAUACACCAACACACAAAUCCACCCCACUCCCAAAACUGUCACUCACUUGUGAGUAUGCACAUGCACUCCUGACCACUAACACCCACACCCACUUGCGAUGCACACUGAUGCUAACACCAACACGCAGAAAAUAUCACAUUCAUGAGUACAAAAUAUAAAAAGAAGAAUUUUCCCUAUCAAAAUGUUGAUUUUGUCCCAUAGAAUUUCUGGAUGAGUAGCCAUGUAUCGAGAGACAAUGAGAUAUUCGUUCCGCCUCAGUUCCAAGGUAUCCAGAAAGGACGUGGUCGUCUGUAUACAUAUAAAUAUAACGUCGUACUUAAAAGUUAGAACCGCCCUACUAGGCAAGACCAUUUUGCUAACAGCCAGAAUGAUAAUAUAUGCAAUAAAAUAUUAAAAUUAGUUCACCUUUAAAAAUAUUAAUCUGAAAUUGAUAACAUGAAUUACAAAGAAAUCUAUGCCUAGGUUUUACUAGUUCAGCAGAGCAGCAUUGAAUAAUUUGCAUACGUGUAUUUGGGUUAGGUUGCGAAGUUAUAGAUGAAAAUAAACCAAAGUUGCUCAUCACUCUACAGUUAAAAUUAUAGAAAUAAAAACCAGUUUUAAGUGAUAUUUGAUUUAUUAGGCAAGUAGUUAUUAGGUAUGACAUACAGUGAGACAAAUCAUGAAUGGGUGUGAAUGAGUUAUGACGCAAGUGAGAGUUAGUGUAAGAAUAGUACAUGGCAGUGCCAUUUAACAGACCAGGAAGGUAUUUGCUACCAGGAGUGAGAAAAAAAAAAGUGCGAAGCUGUGUGUGUGUGUGUGUUGUGUGUUUGUCAUUGACGGUAGUGAUGAUCCGUUUUGUUCAUCUGGUUGUGAUGUCAACUGUAAACUUAAGAUAUUUGUUAUUGUGUAUAUGUUUACUCCUAAGAAUAAUUGGAAGUUAUGGUCUUAACCAAAGACUUCAUCCUAUUUAGUUUUGUCUUGUGUUGACAAAUAAAACUGAUUGCGGCAAUGUUUUGAUAGUGUGUUCUGUUCAUUGUUGUAAACAACUGUACCUCAAAAGUUGAGAGCCAGUGAAAUGUUGGAGUUCCAUGCCUUGUGAAUGUGUAUAUAGGUAGUAGCAUUGGUAUUCCUAUAAUAGCCAGUCAAAUCAUACUGAAAUAUUUUUCCAGUCUUCAAUCGGGAACAUAAACAGCAGUAGUAGCAGGAGGCAGCUGUGUAAUACUUGUGAUAGGUUGAUGUUUGCUUAAGUGUAAGACCAACUUGACACUAGUAUUUUAUAUUACAAAUUCUCAUUUAUUGAAAUGUAAGUUGACCAGACCACACACUAGAAGUUGAAGGGACGACGACGUUUUGGUCCGUCCUGGACCAUUCUCAAGUCGAUUGUCUUGAGAAAUGAGUGAAAUGUAAGACACAGUUUACAUAAUGUUGCAACAGCUAUCAAGAUUGACAGUAUAAUAUUUGAGACACAUUGGUGAAUUGAUGGUUAUAUGUAAAUAAAGCUGAGGAUGGGUUGAUAGUUAUUUCCAAAUCGAGAUGUACAUCAUAGCAUGUCUAAUGAUGCAGUUUCUUGUAUUGAUUUUGUGUGUCGAGUGAUUAUGCCUUUGAAUAUGUACAGUCAAACCGAGUGUGUGUUAAUUGUAAAUGUUUGUUUUUUUGCACAAUUAUUUUGAAAUAAAUAAUACAAAAAUUAAACACAAUGAAUAAAUUAAAGCUAAUUUUUCAAAAUAAGAUUUUGUGUUUGAUUAGGGUGAUACAUUUAAGUUUCAUAAUAGUGGUAAAAAAUGUAGGGCAGUGCCUUGAAUCAUUAUUGCCUUGAGCACGAUACUAUUUAGUUACAGACUGUAGAGGCAAGAUUUGAUAAGAAUGCAUUGUCCUUUGGAUAUAAGAAAAACUUGUGUAGCAUGUAAAUAUUAUUUCAUGUCACUCUAGAUACACAGUAUAAUUGUGUAAAUAUGGGCAGUGAAAAUGUUGAAAUGAUCAUGUUAUUCAUAAACACUUGUGUUAUUUGACAAGAACCACUGCCUCAGAAUUGAAAGUACAGUAAUAUCUUUUUGUUGAGAGGUUUAACACAACUUGUGGAUCAUGAGCAUCGCAUUUACUCAAUAAAAAUCAUGAGUUAUAAAAUUACGUUGAGACAAUGAUAAAAUAAUAAUAAUUUGCAAUGUGAUAGCCAUAAUUUGUGUUUGAGGAGAAAAUAAGCUAUGUUAUCUUGUGUUUUGUGCUGUGUUGGAGAUUAUUAACACUGCAGUGGAAUUUUUUUUAGGUAUGCAAACUUAGAAAUAAAAAAUUUUACCUUUUGAUUUUUUGAAGGCAUAGUAUGAUGUAUAGUUUUGUUUUGCACUUAUUUCAUAGUUGUAUUAACAUGUAUAUGUUUCCAACUGAAAAGUCGUGUGUAUAGAAAUUUACAAGUUUUGUGCAUAAUACACAUAGUGGGACCAGAAUUGACGGCAUCUCAACAUGUCGGUAUCCUGCAGACUGUUAUAAGAUUAAAACAUUCAUCAUGGUGAGUGUACCAGUAGCCUUGUUAAUUACUGCUUAUUUAUAAACCCCCCCAAAAAACCCACAAUUUUAAAGGGAUAUAAUUUGUAUUAAGAAUUAUGAAGCUAUAAAUGAACAUUGUGACCUAGUGCCUACAAAACAAAAUCCUUAAAGGAAUUGUUAUAAAGAUCCAUAAGAUUAUUGGUAAUACAUUUUUGGUAAAGUAAGAAAAUGGGCAAUAUCCAUGUUAUUGGUAAGUCAAGCAAAAGUGAUCUCGAUGUAGUAAAAAAUAAUUCAAAUUUACCACUAGGUUAAUUUGAUUGUUAGAGAAUGAGUGUGUGUAGAGAAGUGGCAAGAAGAAAUUAUUGGUUUUGUCAGGAGGGAUUUUAUGAAUGUUAGCAUAAAUAAUGUGAAAAAUAAAUAUAAGUGAAAUUGCAAGGUAAGGUGUUAACACAAUAAAUUGUUUAAUGUAUUUUGCUGUGCAAAUAUAUUUGAAAUAAUGGAAGUGGAAGGAGUAAUCCAAAUAAUGUGACAUUAUUGUUAACAUUAAAGAUGCUCUUCAUUGACUGUUUAUAAUGUUACAGUACUUUCUAAAGGGCAGAGGUGUCUGGCUUAAGUAGCAGUUUACCUCUCGAGGGAUUAUUAAUGUUAGGCGAUUCUCACAAACGGCACAUUAUCUUUCUCCAAUACUGUUAACAACAUCUAUACUAUUGAUUACGUGUGAAGAUGGAAAGUAAGUGUCCCCAGCUUGGUUUGGUUUUUGUAUUGAAAAUUAAAUUAUACUACCAUUGUUUACUGUGGAUGAUAGUGUGCAAAGUGUAUGUUUGAAACAAGGUCAUGGUUCACUUUGUAAUUAUUGUGAUUGAGGUGUUGAAAUGUAAACAUAAACGUUUCUAAAUACAAUGUGCUUUAAAGGUUUAAAAUUUAGGAACAACAUUUCUUAAGGGUAUUCGAAUGCAGAAAUUUGAUGUUAUAAAAUAAUGGAUUACAGUAGUUUAUGGGGUAUUCAAUUACAAGAAUAAAACUUGUUUAGUUUGAAUGUUGAUUAUUUUCUAAUUAGGGAAUGAGUUUACAAAAUUCGUAAGGUGCUGCUGCUCGCUCUUUGUUUUAAACGGUGGUGUUGUUCGUAGAUUAUUUGUAAUGUUGACUUUAUAAUACAAUAGUAUGUUGAAAAAUAUAAGAAAUAUGUUUUAAAAGUUUUGAGUCAAUUUGAGGUUUAAAGAGAUUCUGGGACAAUUUUCCAACAGUAUGAAGUGGAAAGAAGCUUGGUGUACAUACACACACUACGUUACUCACAUACCAAAGAUGGUCACAGGUGGUGUACUUUACCAACCCUAUAAUUUGAAGUGUAAGUAGCAUAUUUAUACAUUGAGUUGUAGAAUUGUUUGUGCCAAUAUAAGAGUACAUGGUUCUGGUACAUGUUGACCCAAAAGGUUCAAUUCACACUUAAUCAUAGAGGAUGCAAUAGAUGUAUACUGUCCGUACUUAAUGAAUAUUGCACGCCUUCCAAAAUUAAAUAAGCACUGGCUAAAGAGAGAUGUGGUAAUUUAUUAUCAUUUAGCUACUUUGUGUAGCAGAACAGUGAAUAUAGGUCACAAGAAUUGAAGCACAGUAGACUGAUGACUCAGUAUUUAAAUAAGUACAGUAAUGUGAUAGAUGAUUUUUCUUUGGAAUUACUGUAUAAUUUAUUUAUUAAAAGUUGCAGAGCUGCCUGCAACGUAUUUAUUAAAUUAGUUGUAUUCAGGAAACUGGUUGAUAAUAAAUUUUUUGAAUAAAUA